AUGGAUCUCAAAGAUCUCUGUUCACAGAUACCGUUAUAUAACGGUAGAGUUUUAGGUGUGUUGCUGGGCAUUAGGCACAUGAUAAUGAGGUCUAAUGAUACAGGACUGAUGGAGUUUGAUUAUUGUAUUCCAGAGGAGGCAAGGUUGCGGGCCCACAUUUCACAGAGGAGCAACUUGAAGUAUGUGAAGACAGUGAUGGACAUUUUCGAUGACCGACAGCGUGACGAGUUUCGAAACUCCCCAUUAUGGUAUCUGGCCGAGGUUGCAGAGAUUCAAUUCUCUGCCCAGCUCAUCCAGCAGCUCGUGUUCAGAACCAUUCGCACUGACAAGGUUAACGAGCUCUGGUUCAAUGUGCAAGGCAACAUGAUGAGAUUCGGUCUACAGGAAUACACCCUUGUGACGGGGUUAAGAUGCGGUGUAUUCCCGGAGGGUGAUGAGUUCGAUCGAGUGCUGGAGAGGAGAAGGCUGAAGGAGAGGUACUUCAAAUCCAUGGAGAAUAUAUCGUUGGCACAACUCCAAACUACUAUUGGCCGACCUUCGACGGCCCGAGCCGACCGCUACAAGCUAGGGCUCGUGCUAAUAGUGGAAGGAGUUUUCAAUGCCCCUGAUAAUAACGUCGGAAUUGAUUUGCGUACACUAUCUAUUGUUGACGACCUAGAUAUCUUUUUUGCCUACCCUUGGGGUAGAGUCGGCUAUCGGCGUUUGCUGCACGGAUUCCGGGGUUUCUGGGCAAAGAAAUUUCUGAAGGCGAAGAGGAGGCAAGAGAAGGAGGUUACGUACACUAUUCAUGGAUUUCCCAUUGCCAUGCAGGUUUGGGCGUACGAGGUAGUUCCCGAGAUUGGGGAAUGUUUUGGUCAGAGAGUUGGGAACAAAUGCCACGAUUGCUUAGGUGGUCCACACGAAAACAACCACAGCAUCGUACGUACGAUGUAUUCUUCAAGAACGUGCGGGUAUGGAUACCACGUGUUACUUUUGAAAUCGAACAGCACGUGACAUCCGAAUGUAAAAAACUCCGAGCUUUCUUUGCAACCCUCGUGGCCCCACCUGCUCCGACCCCCGUUCCAGCCGCAAUGCCCGCCGAUACCGAG